AUGGAGUCAAUCAAGGAGAAGCAGACCGUGGCCGAACACGAUAUCACAAUUCAGAUAUGCCCAGAUCCAACGCAUUCUCCCAUCACCGAGCAGUCUGCUGAAGAGACAGUCGUGAACGUCGACUACUCAGGAGCGUUCGCGAAGAUAGACCCUGCAGAGAUCAAGCUGGUCCGGAAGCUCGACAUGAUCAUCAUGCCCGUCGUCUGGCUCCUGGUCUUCCUGAACUUUUUCACCCGCCAGUCCAUCAGCGUCGCGAGGCUCGACGGCUUCGAGCGCGAGCUGGGGAUCACAGGCACCGACUUCUCCCUCGCCGUCUCCCUCCACUACGUAGGCUACCUGCUCGUCCAGGUCCCCAGCAACAUGCUCCUCACCAAGAUCCCGCCGCCCGUAUACCUCUCCGUCACGAUGGGCAUCAUGUCCAUCGGCACGGCCCUCACCGCCGUGCUGCAUAACCGCCAGAACCUGAUGAUCCAGCGCUUCUUCCUGGGCCUGAUCGCAGCCCCCAUCUAUCCGGGCUGUGUGUACGUCGUAUCGCUCUUCUACAAGCGCAAGGAGCUCGCCGCGAGGGUCACGAUUGUCUACACGGCUAGUAUCUUCGCCACGGGCAUGAACGGGCUCAUGGCCGCACCCAUUUUCCGCUCCAUGCGGGGCGUCCUUGGGCUGUCGGGUUGGAGAUGGAACUACAUAAUUUUCGGCGUCAUCUCGGUUAUCGUUUCGGCCGUCUCGUUCUUCAUCUUACCUGAUGAGCCGCUCAAGACCAAGUGGCUCAGCCCGGCGGAGCGCCGCCUUGCCCACGAUAGGAUCGCCGCGGACACCGUCGAGCUCCAGGAGAAGGGCAGUAUGCUUCAGGGGCUGAAAGAUGCCCUGAAAGACCGGAGGGUCUGGAUGUUCGUCGUCAUACAGCAUGUCAACGCUUUUGCGGGAAGCAUUCGCGUCUUCUUGCCCACGCUGCUCGCGACUCUAGGCUUCGGCCAAUUCCAAACCCUCGUGAUGACAUCCCCGCCAUAUCUGGUCGCCUGUGUCUCGGCCGUGGGCGUCUCCAUCUCGUCCGGCCACUUCAACGAGCGCACGUGGCACCUCACCUCGCUCAAGACGCUCGCUGCCGUCGGCUUCUCCCUCGCGGCGGCGACUCUGAAUCCGCCGGUGCGCUACUUUGCCGCCUUUGUGUUCAUCAUUGGCACCUGGGGCGGCACAUCGAUCACGCAGUCGUGGAUCGCCAGCACGUGUGCGCAAUCCAAGGAGAAGAGGGCUGUGGCCAUUGCGCUGGGGAAUUUGUCUGCUUCGUCAACGUUGAUCUGGACCCCAUAUCUGUGGCCUGACUCGUCCGCCCCGCGAUACGCACUCCCGUUGAUCACGUGUGCGUCUGGGGCAGUGGUAUCUAUCAUUCUUUUCUGGUUUAUGAGGUGGGACCUCAGGCGGCAGAACAAGAGGAUUCGCGAGACCGAUGCUACAAGUCGGCUGUUCUAUGCAUAUUGA